UGUGGAGGAGGAAGAAGAGAUGGAUGCCCCAGACUCGGCCUCGAGGGUCUUCUGCAGCCGCGUCCUGAGCAUGGUGAAUGCAGAUGACGUCAAUGCCAUCAUCCUGGCCCAAAAAAACAUGCUGGACCGCUUUGAGAAGACCAACGAAAUGCUGCUAAACUUCAACAACCUGUCAAGUGCCCGCCUGCAGCAGAUGAAUGAGCGCUUCCUGCAUCACACGAGGACCCUGAUAGAAAUGAAACGGGACCUGGACAGCAUAUUUCGCAGGAUCCGGACCCUGAAAGGGAAGCUGGCCCGACAGCACCCAGAAGCCUUCAGCCACAUCCCAGAGGCAUCCCUGUUGGAGGACGAGGAUGAGGACCCCAUCCCACCUAGCACCACGACCACCAUUGCUACCUCGGAGCAGAGCACGGGCUCCUGCGACACCAGCCCUGACCUCAUCUCACUCCCCCUCAGCCCUGGCUUUGAGGACCUGUCCCAGGCCCGGCCUGGUUCCCCCACCAUCAAUGGUCACGGCCCCACAGACGACGACGAGGAGACGCCAGGCGAGUAG